AUGGGUGGCAAGGCCGCUCUGCUGCUGGCCCUGGUGGCCGUGAGCCUGGCCGUGGAGAUCCAGGCCGACGCCGGCUACGGCUACGGCGGCGGGUACGCGCCCACGCCGGCCACCCCGACGCCCAAGCCGGAGAAGCCACCCAAGCCGCCCAAGGAGCACGGGCCCAAGCCGGAGAAGCCGCCCAAGGGGAACAAGCCUCCCACCUUCACCCCGUCGCCGAAGCCGGCGCCGCCGACGCCCAAGCCGACUCCUCCGACGUACACACCGUCGCCGAAGCCGACGCCACUGACGCCGAAGCCUACUCCACCCACAUACACGCCGACGCCGAAGCCCACGCCGCCGACGUACACUCCGUCGCCGAAGCCUACCCCACCGACGUACACUCCCACGCCAAAACCCACUCCUCCGACGUACACCCCGUCACCCAAGCCACCGGUGACCAAGCCGAAAGCCUGA